AUGACGCUGAACCUCGAGAAACAGCUGCUCUUUUAUGGAGCUUAUCACAAUAACCCCGUGAACGUUGCUAUUCACAUUACUUGUGUGCCUAUCUUGCUCUUUACGGGCGUUGUGCUGGCAUGUAACAGCCCUACUCUCCUCCCUACCCCGGAUAUUCUCUCCUCCAACUACCUCCCUGCCAAUGCCGGUACCAUCGGAGCCUUCAUCUACGCCUUUUUCUAUGUCCUCCUCGAACCGGUCGCGGGCGGCCUGCUCGCCCCGUUGGUGAUUGGCUUCGCAGCUUGCGGUAACUACCUGCUCGGAACCUACGGAAUGGAUGUGAACUACUGGGCUGGCGGCAUCCACGUUGUGUCCUGGCUGGCACAAUUUGUCGGCCACGGCAAGUUCGAGGGUCGUGCUCCGGCGCUGCUGGAUAACCUCGUCCAGGCCCUGCUGCUUGCGCCGCUGUUUGUCUGGAUGGAGAUUCUCUUCUUCUUUGGCUAUCGGCCCGAGUUGAAGGCGCGGAUGGACAAGAACGUGGAGACUGAAAUCGCCAAGUUCCGCAAGGAGCAGAAGGAUAAGGCGACGCAGUGA